AUGAAUGCUGAAAAAGACGCUGAUUAUCACAACAUUAGCGAUGGAGAGAAAAGGCAUGAGCUGCAAAUACACGAUAGAGAGAUCCAACAAAGAUUAAAAUCUUACAUUAAAAAGAAACAUCAGUAUGUUUUUGAAGGAUUGGGAAAGCAGGGAAACCCAACACUCUUGAACCAAAUCUACACUGAGCUCUACAUCAUAGAAGAAGAAGCUGGAGGGAUCAGUAAUAAACAUGAGUUUACUAGGAUAGAAAAAACCUUUACUGCUGCAGGAGCAACGAUACCAAUCAAAUGUAGAGACAUCUUUAGAGCUUUACCUGGACAAGACAAACCCAUCAGAACUGUGCUAACAAAGGGAGUUGCUGGCAUUGGAAAAACAGUCUCUGUGCAGAAGUUCAUCCUGGACUGGGCUGAAGGGAAAGAGAAUCAGGAUGUCCAGCUCAUAUUUCCUCUUCCUUUCAGAGAGCUCAAUUUGAUGAAGGAAAAAAAAAAGUUCAGUCUAGUCAGUCUUCUUCAAACCUUCUUGAUGAGAGAGAUAAGUUUACAUUUGAUUCAAAACUCCUCUGUUGUUUUCAUUUUUGAUGGUCUGGACGAGUGCCGUCUUCCCUUAAACUUUCACACCAAUGAGACUCUACAGGAUGCGACCAAAGAGACAUCAGUGGAUGUGCUCAUGAAGAACCUCAUUGUGGGGAAUCUGCUUCCCUCUAAUCUCAUCUGGAUCACCUCCAGACCAGCAGCAGCUGAUCUCGUCCCCUCUGAGUGCAUCCAUCGAGUGACAGAGGUACGAGGCUUCAAUGAUCCACAGAAGGAGGAAUACUUCAGGAAGAGAGUCAGUGAUCAGAGUCUGGCCAAUACAAUCAUCUCACACCUGAAGUCAUCAAGGAGCCUCUUCAUCAUGUGCCACAUCCCAGUGUUCUGCUGGAUCUCAGCCGCUGUUCUGGAGAAGAUGUUGAGUCGAGCAGAGAGUGGAGAGAUUCCCAAGACUCUUACUCAGAUGUACACACACUUCCUGAUGGCACAGAUUAACAUCAAAGAUACAAAGUACAAUGAGAAGAAGAGCAAAGACAAAGAGAUGAUUUUCAAACUAGGGAAACUGGCAUAUGAGCAGCUGGAUAGAGGCAACCUGAUCUUCUAUGAGGAAGACCUGAGAGAUUGUGGCAUUGAUGUGACAGAAGCAUCAGUGUACUCAGGAUUGUGCACUCAGAUCUUCAGAGAGGAGUUUGGCUUGUAUCAUGGGAAAGUCUUCAGCUUUGUUCAUCUGAGCAUUCAGGAACAUCUAGCAGCUCUAUAUGUGCACCUCUCCUUCCACAACAGCAGAAUAAACGUGCUUGAAGCACAUGACUCUGGAACGCCGGUGACAAUGUUGAGUUUACACAAGUGUGCAGUUGAAAAAGCCUUAAAGAGUAGGAACGGACAUCUUGAUCUUUUCCUUCGCUUUCUCAUGGGACUUUCACUGGAAUCAAAUCACAGCCUUCUAGAAGGGCUUUUGGUGACAAAGACAGAAAGCUCACUGGAAAGAGAGAAAACUAUUGAGUAUCUCAAACAAGAAUUAAAAGAACAGUUGUGUCCAAAUGAUUGUGUCCUUCUGUUCCACUGUUUAAAUGAACUAAACGACCAUUCUCUGAUCGAUGAAUCCCAAAGCUGUGAAAAACAAAACAUGUCCCCAGCUCUCUGGCGAGCUUUGGUGUAUAAAUUAAUGACAUCUGAUGAGAGGUCUGAAGAGUUUGAACUUCAAAAAUAUGGCAGAUCAGAUGACAUCUUAGAAUGGCUGCAUACUGUGAUCAAGUUGAGUGACUGUAAUCUCACAUAUAAAGGCUGUGCACUGCUGACUACGGUUCUUACAUCAUUAUCCAAUGUGAGAGAGCUGGACCUCAGCAACAACAACCUGCAGGACUCAGGAGUAGAAAUACUCUGUGUCGGAGUUAAUAGAUCACCCCGCGGAGCAGAAUUUUUAAAGUAAAUACUAGAAAUUAUUACUUUACAUAUCAUACUGUACUUUAUUAAAUACUUUUUCUUAUUAGAAAAAGGGAAAUGCAGAACUGCUGGACUACAGGACACAGAGUGUAGCCUGAAAUCUCUGAAUCUGAAGAACUGUGGAGUAACAGAAGCAGGCUGUGUUUACCUGAGCAAAGCUCUGAGUUUAAACCCUUCUCAUCUGAAAGUGCUGGACCUGAGCUGGAACAACAUUGGAGACUCUGGAGUGAAACAUCUUUGUGCUGCUCUGGAGAAAGUUCACUGUGCACUGAAAACACUAAAAUUGGACAAAUGUGGAAUGACUGAGAGAAGCUGCACUGCUCUGGCUUCAGCUCUCAGCUCAGAGACCUGCAGUCUGACACAUCUGGAUCUGAGCAGUAAUGAUCUUCAAGACUCAGGAGUGAAGAAGCUCUCUGCUGGACUGCAGAAUCCUCACUGUAAACUAGAGGAGCUGAGGUUGUCCAAGUGUAAUGUAACACAUGAAGGAGUGACAGCACUGACUGAAGCUCUGAAAUCACAUCCAUCCCAUCUGAAAGAACUUGAUCUUUCUGAGAAUGAUCUGGAAGAGUCAGAUUUAAAAAUGCUCUCUAUAAUACUCUCUGUGCAGAAGUUCAUCCUGGACUGGGCUGAAGGGAAAGAGAAUCAGGACAUCCAGCUCAUAUUUCCUCUUCCUUUCAGAGAGCUCAAUCUGAUGAAGAACAAAACACUCAGUCUUUCAGAUCUUCUUCAAAUGUUCUUCCCUGAAACAAAAGAAAUGGAAAUAUCCAGUGAUGAAUAUAAAGUUUUGUUCAUCUUUGAUGGUCUGGACGAGUGUCGUCUGUCUCUAGAUUUUCAGAGUGAUGUGAGACCAGCAGCAGCUGAUCUCGUCCCCUCUGAGUGUGUCCAUCGAGUGACAGAGGUACGAGGCUUCAAUGAUCCACAGAAGGAGGAAUACUUCAGGAAGAGAGUCAGUGAUCAGAGUCUGGCCGAUAGGAUCAUCUCACAUCUGAAGUCAUCAAGGAGCCUCUUCAUCAUGUGCCACAUCCCAGUGUUCUGCUGGAUCUCAGCCGCUGUUCUGGAGAAGAUGUUGAGUCGAGCAGAGAGUGGAGAGAUUCCCAAGACUCUUACUCAGAUGUACACACACUUCCUGAUGGCACAGAUUAACAUCAAAGAUACAAAGUACAAUGAGAAGAAGAGCAAAGACAAAGAGAUGAUUUUCAAACUAGGGAAACUGGCAUAUGAGCAGCUGGAUAGAGGCAACCUGAUCUUCUAUGAGGAAGACCUGAGAGAGUGUGGCAUUGAUGUGACAGAAGCAUCAGUGUACUCAGGAUUGUGCACUCAGAUCUUCAGAGAGGAGUUUGGUUUGUAUCAGGGGAAGGUCUUCUGCUUUGUUCAUCUGAGCAUUCAGGAACAUCUAGCAGCUCUAUAUGUGCACCUCUCCUUCCACAACAGCAGAAUAAACGUGCUUGAAGCACAUGAAUCUGGAAUGCCGGUGACAAUGUUGAGUUUACACAACUACCUGACUUCUGGAAAGCUGAACAGCGAAGCUCUGUCCCCAGAUCUCUGGUCGGCUCUGGUGUACAUCUUAAUGACAUCAAAUGAGAAGUUUGAGGAUUUCGAACUUUGUAACUAUGGAAGAUCAGACACUGCUCUGUAUUGGCUGCUUCCUGUGAUCAAGAUGUCAAAAAAGAUCUGUCUUAAGAACUGUGGAGUAACAGAAGCAGGCUGUGUUUACCUGAGCAAAGCUCUGAGUUUAAACCCUUCUCAUCUGAAAGUUUUGGACCUGAGCUGGAACAACAUUGGAGACUCUGGAAUGAAACAUCUCUGCGCUGCUGUGGGUAAAAUACACUGUGCAUUGGAAACAAUAAAGCUUUCAUGUUGCAAAAUUGAACCAGAAGGCUUUGGAUCUCUGGCUUCAGUUCUGAGGUCAAACUCUCAUCUGAGAGAACUGGACUUGAGCAACAACAGACCCGGAGAUCAGGGAGCAGAGCUGCUGUCUGCUGUUUUUCAGCAUCCAAACUGUAGACUGAAAACACUGAGGUUGGACAAAUGUGGAAUCACUGAGAGAAGCUGCACUGCUCUGGCUUCAGCUCUCAGCUUAAAGACAUGCAGUCUGACACAUCUGGAUCUGAGCAUUAAUGAUCUACAAGAAUCAGGAGUGAAGAAGCUCUGUGCUGGACUGCAGCAGCCUCACUGUAAACUACAGAAGCUGAGGUUGUCCAAGUGUAAUGUAACACAUGAAGGAGUGACAGCAUUGACUGAAGUUCUGAAAUCACAUCCAUUCCACCUGAAGGAACUCGAUCUGCUUGAGAAUGAUCUGGAAGAAUCAGACUUGAAUAUGCUUGCCAUUAUACUGGAAAAAACACUACUCUCCAUAGUUGAUCAGGAGAGAUCAGAUUCACCUGCGCCCAGUGUUUUGUCGUUUAAGAGUGACCGAUCAAUGAAAAUGCCUAUUCAGCUAAGAAAUGAAAUACAUCUACCACAUCUAAGUUUGAAGGAGAGAUCGGACUCAUCUGCCCCUAGUAUUUUGUCCAUGAAGAGUGACCGGUCAAUGCAAAUGCCAAUUCGACUGCAAAAUGGAUCAGAUCUGAUGGAAAAAAGUCUUCAGCAGGAGAGAUCAUACUCAUCUACCCCUAGUGUUUUGUCCAUGAAGAGUAACCGGUCAAUGCAAAUGCCAAUUCAACUUCAAAAUGGAUCAAUUCCGAUGGAAAAAAGGGAUUUACACAGAAAAUCAUGUCAAGAUGCAGAGAAGACUGGUAGCUCUCCUGGAAGAUUCAUGGAAUAUCAAUUUGAUUCAGAAACAGCUGAAGUCAAGAUUCAAAGAUUAAGAUUGGAAAUAAAAAACAAGCAUCUGUACAUUUUUGAAGGAUUUGCAAAGCAGGGAAACUCAACACUCCUGAACGAGAUUUACACAGAGCUCUACAUCACAGAGGGAGGGAAUGGAGAGAUCAGUGAUGAACAUGAAAUUAAAAGAAUAGAAAAAACUUUGAAGGCUGCUGCAGGAGCAACGAUACCAAUCAAAUGCAAUGAUAUUUUUAGAGCUUUACCUGGACAAGACAAACCCAUCAGAACUGUGCUGACAAAGGGAGUCGCUGGCAUUGGAAAAACAGUCUCUGUGCAGAAGUUCAUCCUGGACUGGGCUGAAGGGAAAGAGAAUCAGGACGUCCAGCUCAUAUUUCCUCUUCCUUUCAGAGAGAUCAAUCUGAUGAAGAACAAAACACUCAGUCUUUCAGAUCUCAUUCAGGUCUUUUUCCCUGAAACAAAAGAAAUGGAGAUAUCCAGUGAUGAAUAUAAAGUGUUGUUCAUCUUUGAUGGUCUGGAUGAGUGUCGUCUGUCUCUAGAUUUUCAGAGUAAUGUGAGGUUGUGUGAUGUAAGUGAAUCAGCAUCAGUGCACGUGCUGUUGACGAACCUCAUUGUGGGGAAUCUGCUUCCCUCUGCUCUCAUCUGGAUCACCUCCAGACCAGCAGCAGCUGAUCUCGUCCCCUCUGAGUGUGUCCAUCGAGUGACAGAGGUACGAGGCUUCAAUGAGCCACAGAAGGAGGAAUACUUCAGGAAGAGAGUCAGUGAUCAGAGUCUGGCCAAUACAAUCAUCUCACACCUGAAGUCAUCAAGGAGCCUCUUCAUCAUGUGCCACAUCCCAGUGUUCUGCUGGAUCUCAGCCGCUGUUCUGGAGAAGAUGUUGAGUCGAGCAGAGAGUGGAGAGAUUCCCAAGACUCUUACUCAGAUGUACACACACUUCCUGAUGGCACAGAUUAAUAUUAAAGACACAAAGUACAAGAAGAACAAGGACUCUGACAAAGAAAUGAUUUUCAAACUAGGGAAACUGGCAUAUGAGCAGCUGGAUAGAGGCAACCUGAUCUUCUAUGAGGAAGACCUGAGAGAUUGUGGCAUUGAUGUGACAGAAGCAUCAGUGUACUCAGGAUUGUGCACUCAGAUCUUCAGAGAGGAGUUUGGUUUGUAUCAGGGGAAGGUCUUCUGCUUUGUUCAUCUGAGCAUUCAGGAACAUCUAGCAGCUCUAUAUGUGCACCUCUCCUUCCACAACAGCAGAAUAAACGUGCUUGAAGCACAUGACUCUGGAAUGCCGGUGACAAUGUUGAGUUUACACAAGUGUGCAGUUGAAAAAAAUUUAAAAAGUAUGAAUGGGUAUCUUGAUCUUUUCCUUAGAUUCCUGAUUGGACUUUCUCUGGAGUCAAAUCACAGUCUAUUAAAAGGGCUUUUGGUAAAGAAGACAGACAGCUCCCUGGAAACAGAGAAAACUAUUGAUUAUCUCAAGCAAAAGAUAAAAACAAUCCCUUGCUCAGAAAUGGCUCUUAUUUUGUUCCACUGUCUGAAUGAACUCAAUGAUCAUUCCCUCAUUAAUGAAAUCCAAAGCUACCUGACUUCUGGAAAGCUGAACAGCGAAGCUCUGUCCCCAGAUCUCUGGUCGGCUCUGGUGUACAUCUUAAUGACAUCAAAUGAGAAGUUUGAGGAUUUUGAACUUUGUAAAUAUAGAAGAUCAGACGCAACUCUGUUCUGGCUGCUUCCUGUUAUCAAGCUUUCAAAAAAGAUCUGGAUGCAUGACUGUAAUAUCACAGAAAUAGGAUGCGCUGUGCUUUCUGCUGUUCUUCCAUCAAUAUCCAAUCUCAGAGAGCUGGACCUGAGCCACAACAACCUGCAGGACUCAGGAGUAGAAAUACUCUGUAUUGGAUUGAAAAAAUCAGACUACGACUUAAAAAAAAUACUGAGGAUUCUGGGUUCUGAUGUCUGUAGACCUGAUCUUGAUUUUAUCGUUCUUCCUACUGCUGGACUAGAGGACACAAAGUGUAGGCUGGAAUCACUGAAUCUGAAGAACUGUGGAGUAACAGAAACAGGCUGUGUUUAUCUGAGCAAAGCUCUGAGUUUAAACCCUUCUCAUCUGAAAGUGCUGGACCUGAGCUGGAACAACAUUGGAGACUCUGGAGUGAAACAUCUCUGUGCUGCUGUGGAGAAAGUUCACUGUGCACUGAAAACACUAAAACUUUCAACUUGCAAAAUCAAAACAGAAGGCUUUGGAUCUCUGGCUUCAGUUCUGAGGUCAAACUCUCAUCUGAGAGAACUGGACUUGGGCAACAACAGACCCGGAGAUCAGGGAGCAGAGCUGCUUUCCGCUGUUCUUCAGCAUCCAAAUUGUAGACUGGAAACAUUGAGGUUGGACAAAUGUGGAAUCACUGAGAGCAGCUGCACUGCUCUGGCUUCAGCUCUCAGCUCAAAGACCUGCAGUCUCACAGAUCUGGAUCUGAGCACUAAUGAUCUACAAGAUUCAGGAGUGAAGAAACUCUGUACUGGACUGCAGCAGCCUCACUGUAAACUACAGAAGCUGAGGUUGUCCAAGUGUAAUGUAACACAUGAAGGAGUGACAGCAUUGACUGAAGCUCUGAAAUCACAUCCAUCCCAUCUGAAAGAACUUGAUCUGCUUGAGAAUGAUCUGGAAGAGUCAGACUUGAAAGUGCUCUCCAAGAUACUGGACACAUCAUCACACAAACUGAAGAAAUAACACAAAUGUUUAAGAGAAUCCUUUAAAAGGAAGUGAAAAAUGCAUCAAUAUUAAUGUCACUGCAAGCUGUACAGUACAGUACGAAGAACAACAUUGUGAACUAGAGGAAAGAAUACCAU